GUAGUGUAGGGUAGGUAACGUUAAAAUAGUCUAGUGGCCCAUUAAAAUACUCCCCUUGUCACCUCAUUUCCAUACUAUUAUGCGCAGUCAUUACGCCACCUCGAAACUGCAUUCGUUAAAACAUGAACCGAAUUGAAUUUCCAUAAAAUCGAUGAAACCGAGAUAGUAGAUCUGAUUGCAGUCGGUCAGUGGGCCAUUAAUCCGAGGUACGGAGUGACAGUGAUUGUUAAAUAAUGAAGGCGUGUGGGGCCGGAGUGAGCACGGCGGCCCAUUGAGUAGCGUCGCGCGACGCGAGUGCGGUGUGACGUCACGGGGCGCCGCCGCCGCCCCGCGCCUGCGCCCGCCUAUCGAGCGGCAGGCAUGUGCCCCUUACAGCCGGCCGACCGCUCCGCCCGACCGACUCACACUUUUUUAUUUUCCCUCCGUACGUAGUGACCGCUGUGACAUCCCGGUUAUAACAUAGAAACCGUAGCCCGCGAGCUGAGGACGCGCGCUGUGAUCACGGUUCGGGGGUCCCGCGCCGCCGCCCCGAGCGCCCGCCUCGAUUCCAAAAUGGCAGGAUGUAGGCCGAGGCCUGGGGCGCGAGCCUGUGACGGUGCGGUUUGGCUCGCGUGAGGCAUGUGUCCUGUUACAUAAAUGUUACGCAAGCUGAGGACGUGCCCACUCGAAGGUGCAACUGUAACACGAACUAGCCCGCUAGCUUGGUGCACUGUGCUCUGGAUCCCAUGUAAUCCGCGGAAGGAGCUGCCUCGCAGAGAAUGAGCGGUUACGGCGGCGGCAUGUCCGGCGACUCGGACGCGCUGUCGCGGCGGCUGCGCGACGCGGAGCGCGCACGCGCCGACGCCGAGCGCGCGCAUGCCGACGCGCUCGCGCAGCUCCGCUCCGCGCAGCGCAGCCCGCUCGACGCGCACACCGUCGACCAGCUGCAGUCGCGGGCAAGGGAGCUGGAGAAGAAGGCGGCGUUAGAAACGGUGCGGUGCGAGGAGCUACAACUAGAGCUGUCGGCAUCUCUGCGCGCGCGCGGCGCGCCGGCCACCUCGUGGAGCCAGCACCAGCAGCAGCACCAGCAGCCUGCCUCCGAGAUCGAGCGCAUCAUGGCCAAGAUAGAGCAGGACAACCGCAUCCUCGCCGAGCUCGAGCACACCCGCUCCACCACGCACGGUAGGUUGCACAGAUGUAUGCAAACGAGUGGUUCCAACCAAGCGCUGGGGGACUUCCACUCCCCGGCGCCGUCGCCUCUGCCACACUCGUACACGAGCGCGGGGCACCACCAGGUCGCCAUCUGCCAGAGCAACACCAUGCCCACGCUAUCCUCGCUGCACGCCACCGGCCAGUUCACCGCGCCCAGCUCCAACUCCGUCGCCUACUCCAUGAGCGCGCACAACCCUACCUCCUAUACGAACCCAGUCUCUGCCUACUCAACAAAUACCUACGGACUGACGAAUCCCAGUCACCAAGUCACCUUCACAAAUCCUGUUACAGCCCCGCUUGUCAACAACAUCGGACAAAUAUCCAGCACUCUAGCGGGACUACAGAGCAACUUGCAAAAUAUUACUGGCAACGUAUCGGGCAUGAGUUUAGGAGGAGGCUUGACCGGAUCGACGUUAACUGGAACCAUGGCGGGAUCUGGGUUGACGAGUUGCUUGAACAAUGUGCAGACCAGUUUAUCUGGAGGAUUGACUAGCACUCUUGGAGGAAUGCAGUCGACGUUGACUGGAGGGUUGGGAAACGCCCUUUCGAACCUGACGAAUGCCACGCAACUGGGAGGAUUAAAUACGAGUCUGACUGGCACUAAUGUAUACGGUGCUGGGACUGGAACCUACACAAAUCCGUUGCUGUCUAGUGGAAUAGGAACUAAUGCUAUGAACAUUAAACUGAAGCCGCUAGAUGAAAUAGACCUCGGGAUCGGGAGAUAUGGGACGACCACGUCAGGCGUGGGGCGAGUGGCGACGCCCGUCACGCCACAUCAACCCGGGUGGAGCUUAGGAUUAGAUAGCCAAUUUGGAACUGAUAGAUUAGGUGCAUUAGAUUCGGGUUUCAGCCAUGACCGAAAUCAAAGAGCUUUGUCUAGAAUCAUGCCUAACUCUGGAUUGGAAAUGGACAUUCGGAAUACACAUUAUAUGAACGGCACCGCCCCGAGUCAGGAGGGACAGGUGGACAUGCUGGACAUUCCUGGGAAAGGGCGUUGCUGUGUCUACAUCGCUCGGUUUUCUUACGAUCCCCCAGACAUCGAGAGCGCGGAAGGGGAGUUAUCCGUGAGCGCAGGAGACUAUUUGCUGGUGUGGGGGCCGCCGGACUCGAACGCCGCCAUGCUGGACGCCGAGCUGCUGGACGGACGCCGCGGCCUCGUGCCCGCCAACUUCGUCCAGCGGCUUGUGGGUGACGACUUAUUAGAAUUCCAUCAGGCUGUAGUAGCCACACUCCGAGACGCCGACGAAUCGGCGACGACAGCCAUCAGCGACCUCUCGCUCAGUCGCGACGUCGCGCGGCUCAGCGAGGUGGCCGAUCUUAGCGAAGGACCUGAAGACGACGACAACGUCCCGGCGCCGCGGCAGCUGACACUGGAGCGACAGCUCAACAAGUCCGUGCUCAUCGGCUGGACGGCGCCUGAGGGCGUCCAGCAAGCCAAUAUCGAGAGCUACCAUGUGUACGUCGACGGAGUCCUGAAGACAACUGUCAAGGCUUCGGAGAGGACACGCGCGCUGGUUGAAGGAGUCGAUUCUAAUCGACCGCACCGCAUCAGCGUGCGUUCAGUGACGGUCACACGGCGCACGUCCCGUGACGCAGCCUGCACCAUGGUGAUCGGGCGUGACACGGCCAACAUGGGCCCGACGUGCGUGCGCGCCAGCGGUGUGACAUGCUCGCAGGCCGUUAUCUCCUGGCUGCCGGCUAAUUCAAACCAUCAGCACGUCGUUUGCGUCAAUAAUGUUGAGGUUCGAACAGUAAAGCCCGGAGUGUACCGCCACACGAUCACCGGUUUGUCUCCAAGCACACAGUAUAGAGUAACGGUCCGAGCAAAACACUUACGAGCCGGACCACCUUCUGGUAUACCUAUAGAAGAGGCCCCCGGGGCCUACACGGACUUCCGGACCCUCCCCAAGGGCCUCCCCGACCCGCCCGCCGAGAUCAUGGUGGAAGCGGGCCCGCAGGAUGGCACGCUGCUGGUGACGUGGCAGCCCGUGCUGCGCCCGCCCGCCUCCGGGCCCGUCACGGGGUACGCCGUCUACGCGGACGGCAAGAAGGUGACCGACGUCGACUCCCCCACCGGAGAUCACGCGCUCAUCGACAUCGGAAAGCUGAUCGGCCUCAAUCCCAAAUGUGUCACAGUUCGUACAAAGUCUCGCGACAGUCAGUCGGGAGACAGCGCGCCAACUCCGAUCCCGCCUGCGGUACUGCGCGGGGUCGUGAACCGUGGGCCUCGGGGUCCCAUGGGCCCUAUGGGUCCUAUGGGUCCUAUGGGCCCCUCUGGGCAGCAACAAGGCUUCCGUGGCCAGCAGCGCCCGCAGCCCUACCAGCAGCACCAGCAAGUGCUAGAACACGACGAGAACCUCUCGGAUAAGGAGAUAUUCCCCUCCGCCAACCGACACGAUCCGCAUGCCGCUCAGCCCGCGAGUGGAUUCGGCACAGGCCUCCUAAAGAGUAUAUUCGACAAAAUAACCCCUUCGCAAUCGGGGAUACCGGCCAUCGAAAUCACUAAAGAGGGAGCGGCGGAGCUGGGUAGUGAGGACGAGGAACGCCGCCGCCAGCAGCAGCAACCGUCCCAACCAGCGCAAGCGUCGCAGCAGCCAUCGGGUCAGCCGUACCCGAAUACACAAGCCUACCAUGGCACGCAGCAACCCCCCUAUCAACCACAGCCAGCCGGCCAGUACCCAAGUAGCCAGCCUCCGUACCCCGGCGCCCCGGGCCCCGCGGCCGGCCCCAUGCCGCCCUACAACCAACCCCCGCCGAGGAACCACCACGAGAGGGGCCGCCCUCCUAACCCCCACCAGCAACAACAACAACAAGGGCAGCAGGGCGCGUACGGGCCGCGCGGGGGCGCCCCACAGGGGCCGAGGGGCGCCGCCCCGCGCCACCCGCAGCAGCACCCGCAGUCCAAACGAAGUCGGUACUUCAUGGCGCUCUUCGACUACGAUCCGGCAACCAUGAGCCCUAACCCGGAGAGCUGCGAUGAAGAACUGCCGUUUAGUGAUGGAGACAUCAUCAAGGUGUGGGGAGACAAGGACGCAGACGGUUUCUUUUGGGGCGAGUGCCGCGGGCGACGGGGCUACGUACCGCACAACAUGGUGGUGGAGGUGUCGGAGGCGGACGCGGGGCAGGCGGCGGCCAGCAAGCCCCGCGACCGCUGGACGGACUCGUACGCGAACCAGCCCGUGCGCCGCAUGGUGGCGCUGUUCGACUACGACCCGCAGGAACUGAGCCCUAACGUGGAUGCUGAUGCGGAGCUAAGUUUCCAGACGGGGCAGAUAAUCCACGUGUACGGAGACAUGGACGACGACGGCUUCUUCAUGGCGGAGAUAGAUGGCGUGCGCGGGCUCGUGCCCAGCAACUUCCUCGCAGAGUCGAACGACCAGUACGCGGGCACCGGCCAGCCUGGACCAGGCGCUGUGGGCGGCAGGGGCGGGGCGGCGCUGCGCGGGCGGGGCGGGGGCGCGGCGCCGGGCCCGGGCGCGCGCGGCCCGCCGCCGCCGCCGCGCGACAACGUGGCGCCCGCGCCGCGCAACCAGCAGAGGAAAGAUGCCUGCCCUCUUCCCCCUUCUCAGUUAGACCACAACACUUGCGCCAGUAAUCCAGAACAGGUGAAUUCACAGCAGGCGAGGGCGAGAGGCGCAGCGAGCGCGCCGGCGCCGGCGAGCACGAUCGCGCGCACGAGCGCUGGUAACGUCGGCACGCCCGUGCAGUCGCCCGCCACCGGCGGCCUGGGCUCACUGGGCGGGCUCGGCUCGCUCGGCAGCAGCCCCGCCGCCGCGCCGCCCGCCGCCGCGUCGCCCGCACGCCGCGCCGGCCCCGCCGUCGUCCCGCAGCCCGCCGUGCAGCCGCUCCAGACGCCCGCGCAGCAGCAGCCGCCCACCUCCCAGCCCAACCUCAUGCAGAAGUUCACCGAGAUGACCGCUCCCGGCGGCGACAUCCUCAGCAAAGGCAAGGAGCUGAUCUUCAUGAAGUUCGGGCUGGGCGGCAAAUAAUGGCGGCGCCCCGGGCUCCGCGGCGCCGAGCCGCCGCGCGCCGCGUGACGGCCGCGGCGGACCGGCCGCGCGCGCGUAAGGGCCCGUGUUUGGUAUUAUCGCGCCCUGACCGAACGGUGCUACGCGCCGACGAGAGUACUGUAAGAAAUGUAAAUAUUAAAUGAAUUCAAUAAACGCACAGUCUAGUGAAUAUUCAAUAUUAGUGCUGUCUCGAUAGUUACCUCUCCACGGUCGGGGUGGAGUCAUCCGCCUCGAGUUAGUCGUGUACGUUUUCUAUCUCUCGGACAUCUUGCCCGUCUGUUAGAUUAUAUAAAUUGUUUACACAUUAUAGCAUUGUAACUGCAUAUUGUCGUAUGUAUAGAUAUGAAAUUAUAAUGAAGUUAUUGUCUAGUUGUUACUUUACAGUCCUCGUGGCAUAGUUGUUGUGAUUUUCUACGUUACGUUUACGAUCGCUAGCUGUGAGGUUUCCUUACUUACAAACAGGAAUUAAACCUUUAAAUCUCUCUUUUUAUAAAUAUUGUUUGAAAUACUUAACUAGUCUGUUUCGGGUAAAAUAAUAAUAUACAAAAAUGCAAAGAUGUCCUGUUGCAACCGUCCUUCUGACCAAGAACUGUAUUUUGAGGAUGCUAGAGUUUGCUGCAGGCGACAUCUGAGGGUCCGUCGACGUGCUUGACAAGCUCCGGCAAGCAAUGUUCAUCCAUCGCUUUCCACUGCACAAGCGUGUCCUGUAGGUUCGCCACAGCUCGCCAGGCAUGCCAACGCACAACGAGACGGGGCUCGGCAACCCAUCCUGUUGGGAGUUCUCACAGGCGACGUCACAAAAUGGAAGCACACGAACUGCUAAUAUGGUUGUUCAGAAGAACCAAAUUUAAUUGUUUAUGGUCCGGGCCUUACCGAGUCAAACUGCCAGAAAAUAAUUAUAAAUUAUAUCAUAUUCACGUACAUCAAAGUGAUAACAGCAUUAUUAUAAUAAUUCCUGCAUAUUUUUGAAGGUAGUAUAACAACGUUAACAUGUUAAACUUAAACUAUCUGAAGUAGGCAUCUUGUGCGAGCGUCAGCACGCCCCCACGAUAUUCUCGAAAUAAUAAUAUUCUGUGAUAGUAGACGUGAUACCAUCUUUAUCAUUCUAAUAAUAAUAAUUGUACUACAUUAAUAAUUCUGCGUCAUUUAUCACUAAGGAAUUUCGAAGAGUUCUCACUUCAAAUUGUUUUCCUUUGAAACUAAUAGUUAUAGCUAUCAAAAGAAGCCUGUUUAUAAAUCACGAAUUCGACGAAAAUUACAAGAGUCCGCCAUGUUUACUCCUUGGAAAUACUAGGUAAUGUUUCAGUUACAAUAACAUGAGGCAUUCAUACUAAAUCAUCCAAUAAAUUGUUUUUAGGUUACGCCUUCAAGAAUUUAGUCCACAUGUCUUUUCAAAGUUUUCAAACCCUUUCAGCGCGCAUGGCAUGAUUUAACAUUGUGUGCGCGCGCGCGUAGCAUUAUCCUUUACUACGAGAUUAGUUUUAGCCUGCUACGGGCUAUGCCGUAGCAUUUCGUAGCAAAGCUGCUUCGAAAGGGAUUACGAUUUAUGUACCCCAUUUGUGUAAUCGCGAUGUCGGUUAGAAACAAAUGCAAUUGAUUUACACGACAUUAAUUGUGCACUAAAUGACUAAAACACCGAAAAAAAGUUAGAAAGCCCUUUAAAGUUGCUUAGACAGCAAAAAAGUAAGUAAGUCUGAAGUAAGUUGUGUGCCCAUUCUGAAUUUCUGACUGAAUUGUUACUUAAUAAUAUUACAUCAUUUUAAAUGUUAUCCUAUUGGUUCUAUGGUUUAAUUAAGGUUAAUUUAGUAAACUAUUAUAAGGGUACUGACACAAAUAUUAUGUGUUCAUUCACGAUCAUUUUGAUGUAGAUCAUUGACAUUUUAAUUAUCUUGUAUUAUAUACAGUCUAGCUUGUACCUAGUAACGCUUUAGGUAUAGUUAAUUACAAGAUUGUAAUGACAAUUUGUAAAUUUUGCUAUUUGAAAAUAUAUUCAAAAUUAAUUUAUUAAACAGGGGUCAAACCUGGCACUCACGAUCACUCUAAGUGUCCAAGUGCUACAGAAUUUACGACAAAGUGAUCAAGUGUGCACUAACGAAAUUUCGAUUUUUGCGGUAGGCUCCCUCAGUUGUUUGACUUGUGUAGUGUUUUAGCGCUUCACAUAACUUACUUAAUUCAGUAACUGACCACAGGGACUCAAGAAGAAGUGAGAUGCAGAUAUCUCUGCCGUUUCUAACAUAUAGCUGCGUCCCUGUCGUCUGUUACUGAAUUAUAGUCUCUAUCUUUAGGUACUUAAUUAAAGGUAAACAAAAUCUACCCUCAAAUGGCUCCUUAAGCCAGUUGAGGGUAGAUGAAAACAUUACACGAUCAAAUAAUAUAGGUUAAAAUCAGGUUGUUCAGUGACGGUUCCAGGCGGUUUUGUAUUUGGUUGGUUAAUAAAUGUUAUAAUAUAACUACCCGAAAAUUUACAAAUUAUUUGUUUACUUUUAUUUAAAUACCUAAAGAUACAGAGUAUAGUUUUGUAAGACGUAUGAAGCUUUAUACCAGAUGCUGAAUAAUGUCAGUGAUCUACUUAAUUAGUGGAGAUUGUAAAUGUUUUAGUGAAAUUAAUGUUUUCAUUCACUUAAGACACUAAUAAAAUAAAUAUAGCGUACAAAAUAUGUGUUACGCGACAGCAGUGUUUGUCUUUGCGGGCAAAUUUUGUGUUAUUGUGAAAUUCAUUGUUGAAUUGAUGUUGAAUCGUUGGAUUUUGAAUGUGUUUACUCCAAACAAUGAAACCUUACCUAAGUAACGUAAACACCCCAAUAAUCGACAUGUUAAGACUCAAUAUUCGACACCUUGCUGUCAACUUUAUUGCUAUGAUUGAAAAUGUCGAUUAUUGGAGCUGUGUCGGGCACUGGAGCCUCUACGUUAGGUAUAUAUGAUUAACAAAUGGAAGAUUAGCUUGUCCCUCAUUUGACAAACCCGUAGUAUCCAUGAAAUUUGAACUAAAAUGCCUGUUAAUAUUUAUUUCUAUCCCGCAUCAUCAUAAUUUGUAAGAAAAGAAGACUUUUGUAACGAUAUCUUAGAUUGUUAACUAAAAUUGUUUAUUAUGCGUUGGCAAUUAAACUUAAACUCUAACUGUACAUUUUAAAAUGGUUAACGAUUGAAGUUUCUGUUACGAGCGAAAAAAAGUUUGGCAUAACAUUUUGACUAAGCUGAGGAAAGAAAGUCAAACGUAAUCUCAUAGCAUAGCAAUAUGACAGUCCGGUCAUAGAGAAAUAUAGUAAGAAGUAGAGUGCUCAAUCCAUACAUCAGUUUUGGCACCAAAACCACUAUUAUUUUCGCAGCAUCUAGAACCGAGUAGCAGAAUUGUCAGUACCGCUACUCGACACUAGAUUUCUCUAGUGUCGCGACUCACGAAAAUUGUAUUGAACAACAAUUUACAACUAAUAUUUAAGCAGAAGUCGUUGAAAAUAGAGAUCCGGUUAAUCUGGUUAUAAUAUUAGCUGAAAAUUCGCUACUCAUACUGAAAAUAUGCUAGAUGUCGAGUACGAAAAUAAUAGUCUUUUUGGUAGUAAAACUGACCGUAGUUCUGUAGAAAGCGACCAACUUUUUAUUUUUGUCAAAGUGACUUACACCCUAACUCAGUGGCUUUAGUCGCUUUCUGCAUUGAUAAAAAAAUUGAGUUGGUCGUUUUCUGCAUAACUAUGGUCAACUGAAGUAUGGAGUGAGCACUCUAUGCAUUUUUUCUCUAUGGUCCGGUUUACUGUUAAGCCCCCUCCAGACUAUGCGCGUGAAUCGCGGGCGAAGCCGCGAACGCAAGUGUGGCGUCGAUUUCGCAGAUUGUUCACGCCUUCGCGCCUUGUUCUCCGUUUUUUGUCGGUAUUUCGGCCCGCGUCAAAGGAGACGCGAAGCGCGAACUUGCAAGACUCCACAUUACACAAUAUUUUGGCUCCUCUGUGGCAAGAUAAAUAUGAAUUAUAUUAUGAUUAUAUUAUAUUAAGCAGCUAUAUUUUACGGUUUUACAAUAAAACAAAAUGUAAAAACAGCUAAAUCACGUAUGAUGCCAUAGAUAACUAACAGUUAAACUCGAUCAGCUGAUGCUUUUCCGCCAUAUUGCCGCAAACCAAACUGCGAAAUCGCCGUGAAGUGUGCGAGUGUGGAGUCAUAUGUCAACUUCGCGAUAUGUUCGCUCCGCGACGUCGCGCCGCGAUUCACGCACAUAGUCUGGAGGGGGCUUUACAUUUGACAAUAGACACCACAGUGCUAAAAGCAUGGUGCAUAUUUAGUGUUAAUACGACACGCCCUUUUAGUUUGCCGUUGCCAAACUUUUUUUUAAUUGAACGGGUGCUUAGGUCGGAUGGUUAUAAUGGCUCUCGGGCGGUUACUGGCCGCCAGGAGCGUGCUUCGAGUAGGCUAUUUCGAGAUUGCUCACUUCGUACAAGGGAUUCAUAUUAAGUCCUUUAAAUAAUCGCUUCGGUAUACCCAGUUUAAACCUUUAACAUAUAAAUCCAGAUUUAGCUUGCGAUUCCUAAUAAUAACCAUUCGUAUGUAACAUGUAUUGCAACUGAUUAGUCCACGUGAAUGUAUAACUAUGUAUGUAUAAUUCGGUUGUUGUACAUAAUGCGCGCCUGCGGAUGUUUUAGCUAAGCACUACGCUACAUAUCUAUAUAAUGUAUGUAUAACCUGCCCACCUAGCCAAGGUUACAAUCGCUAUCGCUUCGACAACGAAAAGCAUUAUGUCUCUCUAUCACUCUUCCAUAUUAGUGCGACAGUGACAGUUGCGUUUCGAUCGCUACGGAGCGUAAGCGAUUAGCAUCUUGGCUACGCGGUGUACUAUUUGAACAUUUUCUAUCAUUAAUAAAUAUCUAGCGUUAUUUCUAACACCGUUCAAAGUUGUUCACUUGUUUAUACAUUGUUAUAAAUCUGUAUCCAUAUCUUUUAUCACGACUUGUACCGUGUAUGGUUAUUUAUACGAAAUAAUAUAAAUUAUGUAUAUUAAUCGUGCAUUCAUGUGUGCAUAAUUUAAAAUAAAGAGUUGUAUAUUAUAUUUAAUGAUGAAUUAUGGCAAACACUAUAAUGGAUAAAUCUUUAACAAUGUACCAAUGAAAUAUGCUGAGACAAAAUAAAUAAUACAAAUGCCGCUUCUUUA